GGACAUCGUUCAUAAACGUAAACAUUAGCCAGAGUAGUUUGCAAUAUUAUUGUAGCUAAAAAAUAAAUAAAAAUGGGGAAACGACAACAUCAAAAGGACAAAAUGUACUUAACGUACACCGAAUGGACUGAAUUAUACGGAGGAAAAAAAUCAGGGCCACCAUCAGCUGAAGAUGCAGCUUUUAGACGUUUACCUUUUGAUCAUUGUUGUGUAUCUUUACAACCUUUUGAACAUCCUUAUUGUGAUAAAAAAGGCAAUGUUUUUGAACUACAAGCAAUUAUUAAUUACAUCAAAAAAUAUAAAACAAAUCCGGUUACUGGAGAGGCAUUAGAUACAAAAUCAUUAAUAAAAUUAAUUUUCCAUAAAAAUGCCGAAGAUGAAUACCAUUGUCCAGUUAUGUUCAAAACAUUCACGAAAAAUUCACAUAUUGUAGCCAUUGCAACCACAGGGAAUGUGUUUUCUUAUGAGGCAGUAGAACAAUUAAAUAUUAAAACACGAAAUUGGAAAGAUUUAGUUGUAGAUACUCCUUUUGAAAGAAAAGAUAUUAUCACCAUUCAAGAUCCUAAUAAUUUAACAAAAUUCAACUUAACAACGUUUCAUCACAUCAAGAAUAACUUGCGUGUUGAGGAUGAAGAGGAAGUGGCUCAAAGAGGAGAUCCAACAGCUCGGUUGAAAAAAAUUUCUAAUGAAACUAAAGCAAUACUAAACGAAUUAAACGAACAAUAUAAGAAGCCCGAAGAAACUGUAGAAGAAAAAGCUAAACCUGAUAAAUUUAAUGCUGCUCAUUAUUCAACGGGAAUGGUUGCAGCAGGUUUUACAUCUACGGUGAUGGCACCGCUUACAGAAGUUGAGCCAGCAAUUAUCCAUGAAGAUUUGGUUCGAUAUCAAAGAGUUAAAAAGAAAGGAUAUGUACGUUUAAUCACAAAUAUGGGUCCCUUAAAUUUAGAAUUAUAUUGUGAUGUUCUUCCGAAAACAUGUGAAAACUUUUUGAAACAUUGUGAUAGUGGAUAUUAUAAUGGUACCAAAUUCCAUAGAUCAAUACGAAAUUUUAUGAUUCAAGGUGGCGAUCCUACGGGUAAAGGUACCGGUGGAGAAUCAAUUUGGGGGAAUAAAUUUGAAGAUGAAAUUAAACCAAAUUUAACCCAUUCAGGUCGUGGUGUAUUGUCUAUGGCAAAUUCUGGUCCAAAUACUAAUGGUUCACAAUUUUUUAUUACAUAUCGAUCUUGUCGCCAUUUGGAUGGAAAACAUACAGUAUUUGGUAAAGUGGUUGGUGGAGUGGAUACUUUAACAGCAAUGGAAAGGAUUGAAGUAGAUAAUAAAGAUCGUCCAAUCGAAGAUAUUAUUUUAAUAAGAGCACAAGUUUUUGUGGACCCUUAUCAGGAAGCUGAUGAACAGCUUACGAAAGAAAGAGAAGAGGAAUUAAAACGUUUAGCUGAAGAAGCUAAAAAACUCGAAGAAAGCAAAAAGAAAAAUGUACCAUUAAAAGUUUACAGAGAGGGUGUUGGAAAAUACAUAAAUCCAAAAGCAAUGAAAAAACAAAAUGAUCAAAUGGCAGAAGUGUCGGAACCAGUUAAGAAAAAAUCAAAAAAUGCAUCAUAUAAAUUUGGAGAUUUUCAAGGAUGGUAAUUAUCAAU